UUCCUUCGCUGGUAAAAGGAAAUCCCAGGGAGAAAUUUGCAGCGAAUAGGUUGCGGAGGGUCACGUCGUGGCUUUGGCGUAGCUGUUUCAGAAAUUUAACUAAAGUUUGCUUCUCUCUCUGAGAAAUUACCAGGAGGAUGAUAUCUAGGAAUUUGUACACUUGAUAGGUUUCAGUGUGGACGUUGAGUAUUGCAAAGGUGAAAACAGUCGUGGGGGUGUACUGAAUUAACCAGUGGCUUAAGCCAGUGAGUAGUGAUGUGUUGAAACACCUUCAGGUCCAUUUUCUGCAGGAUGUUGAAGCUCAGUGGUAGCAGGGCUUAACAAAUCUCAGUGGUGCAGGUACAGUGAUCACAAAAUAUCCUGAGUUGAAAGGCACUCACAAGGAUCAUGCCAUUUAUCAGGAAGAGGAUUCACAAGGAAAAUACGUCGCCACUGCUGCAUGGAACAAGUGUGUUAGUGACAGCAGAAACAGAUAAGGGUCAAAUAGUUGAUGUCUUCUUUGCCACAAACUUGACCUGUAAGGUAUCCCAAGGCCUUUUACCACAAGGCAGAGCUUAAGGAGAGGAGGAACUACAAGUUGUGGAAGAGGAUUAAAGCAGGAUUGUUUCCCUGAUAAGUCCAUGGGCCAGGGUAGACUGCGUUCAAGGGUGCCAGCAACUGACAGUGUCUUCACAAAGCUGCUUUCUAUCAUCUAUUAAAGGCCAUGAAACUGAGGGAGAUCCCAAAGACUGGAGAAAGGCAAAUAUUUUCUUCAUAAGGGGCAAGAAGGACAAGCAAGAGAACUACAGACUGAUCAGACUCAUUCCUUCCUGCUGAGGAGGUAUUGUGGAGGAAGCCAUUUGUGGCAUAAGAAGACGCAACUAUGGCUGCUACAGUGAACUUGGAGCUGGAUCCCAUUUUUCUGAAGGCCCUGGGCUUUUUGCACUCCAAGAGUAAGGACUCUGCUGAGAAGCUGAAAGCACUCCUCGACGAGUCGUUGGCCAGAGGAACCGACUCCAGCUAUCGUCCCUCUCAGAAGGAAGUAGAGCAACCAAAAGUAUCUGUCACCAAACCCAUUAAGCAAGAACCUAAAGCUUCAUCCAGUUUGCCUUCUGGCAACAACAAUGGCAAGCCCACUGCAUCAGAAAAGGUGAAAAAAGAAACAGAAAAGAGAUCUGCAGAUAAAACGAAAGGGGAUCCUGCUGAAGGAGCUGAUGCACCAAAGAAGCCCAGGGUGGAGAAGCAGGAGGCUCGUUCCUCUCCUAUUACAGUUCAGACAAGCAAGGAUUUAUCUAUGCCUGAUUUAUCCAGCUUUGAGGAAACCAGUGCUGAUGAUUUUGCCAUGGAAAUGGGAUUAGCCUGUGUUGUUUGCAGGCAAAUGACAGUUACUUUUGUGAAUCAGCUAGUGGAGUGUCAGGAGUGCCAUAAUCUGUACCACCAGGAUUGCCAUAAACCUCAGGUGACAGACAAGGAAGUGAAUGAUCCUCGGCUUGUCUGGUACUGUGCCCGCUGUACCAGGCAGAUGAAGAGAAUGGCUCAGAAGACACAAAAACCACCUCAAAAACCAGCUCCUGCAGUGGUUUCAGUUGCACCAGCUUUGAAGGAUCCAUUGGUCAAGAAACCAGAAAUCAAGUUAAAACCUGAGACCCCACCAGCUUUUCUGGCAUUCAAGAGAACAGAAGUCAAGACCUCAGCAGCAGUUUCGGGGAACUCUGCCAGUACAAGCGUUUCCUCUUCAGCAACGAGUGGCCUUACAGGAUGGGCUGCAUUUGCAGCCAAAACCUCCUCUGCCAACCCAUCCACUGCCAAGCUGGGAUCGACAGCACAGAGUACCGGCGGGAAGCCUGCAGCUUCUUCAAAUAACCAGAAACCCGUGGGUUUGUCAGGGCUGGCGACUUCCAAGACGGGACUGGGGGCCAAAAUAGCUUCUGCCAACAACAGCGCGAACCCCGUGCAGCUGAAGCCUCCCCCGCCGCUGACCCUGGGCAAGACGACGCUGAGCCGCUCGGUGAGCAGCGACAACGUGAGCAAGGCGGGGCUGCCCAGCCCCAGCGGCGCCGCCCCCGGCACCGGCGGCGCGGCCGGCGGCGGCAACGGCAGCGGCGGCUCCGGCUCCGCGGGCAGCAGCGCCGGCAAGGCCGCGGCCGACACGGGCAGCCAGCCCGCGCCCCUCAAGGGCCCCACCUCGCAGGAGUCCCAGCUCAACGCCAUGAAGCGGCUACAAAUGGUUAAAAAGAAGGCUGCUCAAAAGAAGCUCAAGAAGUAGUCUGGCUGCUCGCUGAUGAUGUUGUGUUCCGUGAGACAGCCCCUUGGUGUUGUUCUUAAAGGAAAUCCCGCGGGUACUGGACUGAAAGAGGUUAAAUCAGGGAAGCCCAAACCUUAUGUAAUACAGAAGGUCAAACCUUUAUAAUUCUGGUAUUCCUUCUGCCUUUCCAAAUCUGUGAAUUGGAUAUGUUAGAGGAAUUCGUUAUUACAUGUUCCUGGUUUUGUAGCUCAAAGCACUGAAACUUGAAACUGAAGAUGUUGGGUAUUUUUUAAUAUUAGAACUCCCACAUUUGUGUAGAUACUUAAUAAACUGAACUUGCUGAAACCAUCAUUCUUAAAUGCUAAUAAUAAAAUUAUUAUUAAUCUGGGAA